AUGUCUUCUGAAACACAGACCAAGGAGAACAACUCCUUCGUCCUGCGGGGCGUCAAGGACGUCCUCUUCGAAGACCGUCCCAUUCCCAAGCUCACCCGACCCCGCGACGUCCUCCUCCAAGUGAACUUUACAGGCAUCUGUGGCUCCGACGUACACUAUUGGCAACAUGGCCGGAUCGGACAUUUCGUGGUCAAAGAUCCUAUGGUGCUGGGACACGAGUCCGCUGGAACAGUACUCGAGGUUGGAUCAGCCGUCAAGAGUGUGAAAAAGGGGGACCGCGUCGCAAUGGAGCCAGGUAUCCCGUGCCGGCAUUGCGUGCGCUGUAAAGAAGGAAAAUACAAUCUUUGCCCGGACAUGGCAUUUGCAGCGACACCGCCAUACGAUGGCACGCUCGCAAAAUAUUACGUGCUUCCGGAAGACUUCUGCUACAAGCUACCGGAGAACAUGUCGCUGGAGGAGGGCGCGUUGAUGGAACCUCUGGCCGUGGGCGUACAUAUCACCAAGCAAUCGGGCAUCAAGCACGGCGAUACCGUGGUUGUUUUCGGUGCCGGCCCUGUCGGACUGCUCUGCUGCGCAGUCGCCAAGGCAUUGGGUGCCAGCAAGGUUAUUGCCGUGGACAUCAACACCGAACGACUUGAAUUCGCCCGAUCUUUUGCAGCAACCUCAACCUUUGUACCGUCGAAAGUAUCAGCGGCAGAGAAUGCACAGAAGAUAAAGGACGAGAACGACCUUCCCUCAGGAGCAGACAUCGCCAUCGACGCCAGCGGGGCAGAACCCAGUGUCCAGACGGCCAUCCACGUCCUCCGUAUGGGAGGCAGUUACGUGCAGGGUGGAAUGGGCCGUGAUGAAAUGACCUUCCCCAUCAUGGCUGCAUGCACCAAAGAAUUAACGGUGAAAGGCAGCUUCCGAUAUGGCCCAGGUGACUACGCUAUGGCCGUCGAUCUGACCAGCAGCGGAAGGGUGGACGUGAAGAGAUUGAUCAGUCGAAAAGUCAACUUUGAAGACGCAGAACAGGCAUUCGAAGACGUGAAAGCCGGCAAAGCGAUCAAAGUGCUCAUCGAGGGACCGAAGUAG